CACGCCAGGAUCUGCGUCACGCAGCCGCGUGGGAGUGAGAGAGAAAUGUAGCAAGAGAGGAGCAACCAACUCGGAACAGUAGGGGAGUAGGGAUAAACCAACACUUAGCAGGUCCUUUAUACUAAACUUCUAUUACCCACACUCGUUUGGCUUCUCACCGUGAGGGGAGAAUUGAAGAGCAAGAAAGGAACGAAAGGUUGGAUGAGCGGUGCGAAGAGUUCUGCAGGGAUGGCGGCGGCGUUGCCCAGGACCCUGGGGGAGCUCCAGCUCUACAGGAUCCUCCAGAGGGCCAACCUGCUGUCCUACUACGAGGCCUUCAUCCAGCAGGGCGGCGACGACGUGCAGCAGCUGUGUGAGGCGGCCGAGGAGGAGUUCCUGGAGAUCAUGGCCCUGGUGGGCAUGGCCAGCAAGCCUCUGCAUGUACGGAGGCUCCAGAAGGCCCUGCGAGACUGGGUCACCAACCCGGCCGUGUUCAACCAGCCCCUGGCCUCUCUCCCUGUCUGCAGCAUCCCUGUCUACAAGCUAGAAGCUAACGGUAAUGCUAACGCUAGCACCCACGUCAAAGUGCCCAAACUUCAGGCGUCGGCGUGUGUGGGGGAGCCCAAGAGAGGCGAGGCGUCGGCAUCAGUGGUGGGGAGCGAGGGGGGAGGGGGUUCGGCCUCAGGGUCUCCACUGCAGAGGGGCAGCGAGCCCCGCUUCUGGGCCUCCUUGUCCUCCCACGGCGGAGGAGGGGGACCGGAGAGCGAGCGCAGCCUGUCCCCAGCAGAGUUGACCCUGGGUCUGGCUUCCCCCUCGUCCCCCCGCGGCGAGGAGGUACUAGAUGCCGCAGCGUUGAGGUCGGUGGUGGAGUGUGUGGAGCGGCUGGCCCAGGCGCUGCCCCGGAGCGACCCGGCCGACGUGAAGGAGGGGCUGAGGGGCAACAAGAAGCUGGCCAAGAUGAUCUGCCACAUCCUGGACAUGGACGAGGACGACCCGAGGAGGGCGGAGGAGAUACGCAAGUACAGCGCCAUCUACGGACGCUUCGACUCCAAGAGGAAGGACGGCAAGCACCUUACGCUGCACGAGCUGACAGUGAACGAGGCAGCAGCUCAGUUGUGUAUGAAGGAGGUGUCCCUGCUGACCAGGAGAGAUGAGCUGUUUGGUCUGGCUAGACAGGUCUCCCGGGAGGUCACCUACAAAUACACCUACAGGACCAGCAAGUCCCGAUGUGGUGAUAGAGAUGAGAUUUCUCCCAAGAGGAUUAAAACAGAGGAGGGCUUCUUUGACCUCCAGGAGGCCCUGCAGGCCAUCCACAUGAGACAAGAGACCCUGAGGGAGCAGCUGGCCACAGCCAAGUCUAAAGGAGAGGAGACCACAGGACGCAACAUCCAGCUGCAGCUGGAGCAUCUGCUGGCCAGGCAGAUGGAGAUCCUCCACGAGGCCAAGGCCCAGGACAGACUUCAGACCCUGGAGUGGAGGGUUCCUAUGGGGGGCUUCAAAUUCAGACACAGCACAGACCCAGAGCACCGCCACCAUACCAACGGAGGCUCCACUGAUAACACCAGUCUACAACCAGGGGAGAGGCCACUGAACCUGCGUGUGGCGGGUCAAAGGUCAGAUGGAGACAUACCCCUGGGGAAACAGCUAGCCAAUGAGCUGAAGAGGCAUCACAGCAACGGGGAGGGAAAGACCAUGGCGACGAGUCACCAUGGCAAUGUCGAGGGCAAAACUUUGGCUACAGAAAAUGGAAACGGGGCCGACUUCUCCCAAGGGGCUCUCAACCUUUCCGACAAGAAGACCAUCAAAUCAGAACCAGAGGAUUCCAGAUAGCACCUCUUCUCCUCCUACUCCUCCUCCUUCCUCAUCCCUCUCUCAUAACAUAGUCGUCGUCGGUCAAUACUAAAAAAGCACAGCUGCAGUAGAGCCUUAACAACCAAUGUUGCCUCAAGUAAAGGGAUUUUACUUUUUGUUUAUUUUUUGCCAAAGCACCUAGAGAGCCUUUAUUUCUUUCCUUGUAGAAGCCCAGUUUUUUUGUGUUUUCACUGACUGUGCUGAUUCCCCCACCCCUCUCUCCUUUCUUACUAUCAAGACUGAUGGCGAGUGGUCUGUAGAUGUCGUUUUUGUACAUACAUAAUUCUGACUCUGAAAAGUGUUUGUCAUUAAUGUUAUUUAAAUAUGUGCUGUGUAUAAUAAGGAAACAUAUGUCUGGUGGACUAUAGGAUGUCAGUUAUGUCCAGAUUGGGAAGAUGGAUGUCCCAGUUGUUACGAGGACAGGUUUGGCUCUGGUGUGUUAAGAGUGUACGAGGACAACACCAGAAUAUCCUGGUAGUAUUCCCUUUCACUUCGAGUCAACCAGGAUUUGGCUCAGAAAAGUCUUAUUUAAUUUGACAAUGUGGUCCGAUUUGAUCAAAGCACUAACAGUAGGGUGUGCAGGUCAUUCGGAAAGUAUUCAGACCCCUUGACUUUCCCCACAUUUUGUUACAUUGCAGCCUUAUUCUAAAAUG